GCAUCAAGUCGCCAGGGGGGCGCAUAAAGUCGCACGUAGACGUUCGGCAAGGGUUGCCUUAAUUGACCAGGGGGGUCAGAACUGAGUGCGCAUACUGACCAAGGGGGGUCAGAGCGGUACUGACCAAGGGGGGUCAGAGAGGAAAUUACUGACCAAAGCGGUCAGAGUGGUAAUUACUGACCAAAGGGGUCAGAAGGGUAAUUACCGACCAAGGGAGUCAAAGCCGGCAAAUAGGUAAAUUCGGUUAAAAUGGGAUCAAGCCAAUCCGUGAUUCCUCCUUGUAGCCCUUUGGGGUGUAUUUUGAAAAACUGGAAUAAGUUUGGGGGAAAUCUAAUGACUAAAGAUAAAAUGAAAAGAUAUUGUAAUCAAUGGUGGCCAAAUUAUAAAUUGGGUUAUGAUGAAGUCUGGCCAGAAAAUGGAUCGGUAAACUAUAAUGCUAUAUUACAAUUGAUGUCGUUUUGCCGUUGGAUGGGGAAAUGCGACGACGUACCUUAUGUUGAUGUCUUUAUGACUUUGUAUAGAAAAUCUGAUAUGCGGGAAAAAUGUAAGCUAAAGACUGACCUAGUGAUGUAUACAGCUUCUGAGGAAAAGGAGAGUGCUUGUUGCAUAGGCUGUGAUGAUAGAAAGACUGCAGGGGGAGAAGAGCAGAAAGAUGUGCAACUGUUAGUCCCGACAGCCCCACCACUAUACAAAAGCAGUGCUGGACAAUUGCCAAUCGAUCCUAAUUUACAAUCGGGCAAUGAUAACUUUAGCCCCAUUUCCAGCCGGACUAGGGGGCACGCUGAACCAGUUGUACAGGCUCCCCUGAGACAAGCAGUGGGACCGGAAAGACUGCUGGUUUUUAUACAUGUUCCGUUCACUACCUCUGAGCUGUUAAAUUGGAAACAAUCUGUUGGAUCCUAUAGGGGAAACCCUGAAGGAGUACAUCAACUAUUAGAAACUAUAAUGUUAACACAUAAUCCCAACUGGGGAGAUAUACAGGCUCUGCUAAAUACAUUCUUUACGGCAGAGGAAAAGAGAAUGGUGAUUGAGAGGGCCAGGGAAGAAGGGGGAAGGAGAAACAGGCAAGAAGAUUCUGAGGAGUUUCUGCCUACUAAAAGGGACCCAGAAUGGGAUCCUAACAGGGGGGGAAACGAGGCUCAACUGAAGCAUCGACUCGGGAUAUAA